AUGGUUCGUCUGUCUUUAGUUACUGCAAGAGCAGUCGUACGACAGGAGCAGAGAAGGAGGCUGAGGUUGAAAAGAAGUAGACAAACACGAGGAGCAAUUCAGGAUUCGGAAUAUUGGGUCGCACCAGAGAUUCCUCAGGAUCUCCUGAUGGAGAUUCUGGCGAGAUUACCGAUGAAAUUCAAGUGCAUCUCAAAGUUUUGGUCAUCUCUCUUCCGCUCCAGAUAUUUCUACAACCGUUUCAUUAUGCUCCCAUCCUCUUCUGAACCUCGUCUUUACAUGACUUUAUUGGAACUUGAAAACUACUCUGAGUCUCUGCUCUUAUCAUCCGCUCCAAGCACUUGUCCGUCUUCCUCCUUAGAAUUCGACCGAGAUCUGACCAUUCGUGAGAUGGGAGGUUGGUACUUGCGCGCUGUCCGUGGCUUUCUUUGCUUCACAGUUCACAAAAAGGCACGUGUCUAUAACCCCAGCACCAGAAAACUUGUGAUCUUACCUGCCGUAGUAGAAUCCAAUAUCAUAGCUGAAGAAGAUCAUGCUUACAACAUCUUCUAUUUUAUCUGCUACGACCCUGUUAACGAGCAGUACAAGAUACUCUGCACAAUUACGCUAGUAUCAGAAGACAAAAUGCUGCCAGAGAUGAGGUCAGAGCUUUGGGUCUUUGUACUAGAAGCUGGUGGUUGGUGGAAAAGGGUUGCAAAGGACUUUCCUUGUCAUCUUCCUGAUGGACUAGAGCUGAAUAUGAACGGAGUAUUAUAUUAUUUGGCUUGGACUGAUUCACAUACUUGGGUGCUUGUGAGUUUCAACGUCAGGUCUGAGGAGUUUGAUAUGAUUCAAGUACUUCGCAAAGCUGGAGAUGUGCUACAUAGAGUUGACAAGUGGGCGACUCAAAUAGAGUACUGUGCUAAAGUAGCUAUUUUUGACUUCACCUUUCUCAAAAACACUGGUACGGUGGAUGUAUGGAUUCUAGAAGAUUGGAAUAACAAGGAAUGGUCGAUGAAGACUCUAGUUUUGCAGCAUUCACAGAUGCAUCUAGUCAUCGACAAUAGGUUGAAGCCCAAAUGGCCAAAUAAUGUUUUAAAAGGCAAAGUUAUAUUUGUACCGUUCAAGUUGAUUUCACCCUUUUAUUUCCUUUGCUAUGAUCUGCAUAGCAAUGAUCUGAAAAAGGUUGAGAUUAAAGGGAUACCCGAUAGCUGCUUUAGUAGGGAUAGGGAUGUUGUAACCAGAUAUUUUGACGUGGAACUUAUGGAUCCGUGUGAGAGCAUCAAGCACCUGGAAAUUUGA